UCUCCCCCGAAAGUUUUCCUUCAUCACGUUCUAACCUGUGUCUCUGGAUUUCAAAUUCAUCCGACUAAGAGAGGAACAGGGUGUGCAACUCGCCGCACUGUGGGCGAUUUGGAACUCUUCGACAGUUUCCGAUAUAAGAUUGUUCAGCUCGCUUGAUUUUAAGUUUUCUGCGCUUUUCACUGAGGGAGUAGAUUGAUAAAUCAUGACCACCACCGUGAAGACUACCAAGUACACUUACAAGUCCAGUACUGGAGGUACCAGUGGUUCCACUGACGUCACCAUGGAGUAUGGGACGGAUAUUGGUGCCUUUACCAGGCUCGAGGACAAAAUCCGACUGCUUCAAGAGGACUUAGAAUUCGAAAGGGAACUCCGACAAAAAAUCGAACGCGAGAAAUCCGACCUCACCGUCCACUUGAUGCAGUUGUCGGAACGUCUGGAUGAAGCUGAGGGAUCAUCAGAAUCACAGUCGGAGAUGAACAAGAAGCGGGACACAGAGUUGUCCAAGCUACGGAAACUGCUGGAAGACGUCCAUCUGGAAAGCGAAGAGACUGCACACCAUUUGAGGAAGAAACAUCAAGAAGCUAUCCUUGAGUUGCAAGACCAGUUGGACCAAUCCAAUAAGCACCGCGCAAAGAUUGAGAAGGAAAAACAGAAGUACCAGGCUGAAGUGUACGAUCUCUUGGCCCAAGUAGAAACUGCACAUAAGGACAAGUUGUCAGCUCAAAAGACGGUGGAAAAGUUAGAGGUUACCAUUCAUGAGAUGAACAUCCGAAUUGAAGAGCUGAACCGAACUGUCACGGAGAUUACUGCCCAGAGGUCAAGGCUCAGUUCCGAGAAUUCCGAGCUCAUGAAGGAGGUCCAGGAAUACAAAGUCUCCUUGGACAAUGUCAAUCAUAUCAAGACUCAGCUGGCUACCCAACUCGAAGACCUCAGGAGGAAAUACGAGGAUGAAGAGAGGAGGCGCUCGCUCUUGGAAUCUACUGUUCAUACUCUGGAGAUGGAUGUGGAAUCAUACAAGACUCAACUGGAUGAAGAAUCUGAGGCUAGAAUUGAUUUGGAGAGGCAACUGGUCAAAGCUAACGGAGAAUGCGCCACCUAUAAGACCAAAUACGAGACUGAAUGCUUAGCCCACGCUGAUGAAGUCGAAGAAUUAAGACGCAAGAUUACCCAAAAGACCGCUGAGUAUGAAGAACAACUAGAAGCUCUCUUGAAUAAAUGCAGCUCGCUGGAAAAAGCCAAGUCGAGACUCCAAAGCGAAGUCGAAGUUUUGGUUAUGGACCUCGAAAAGGCUACCUCCCAUGUUCAAGUAUUGGAGAAGCGCAUCACUCAAAUCGAGAAGAUAAAUAUCGAGUUGAAGACGAAACUGGAAGAGGUCACACAAUUAUACGAAGGUUCUCAACGUGAUCUCAAAGGAAAGAUUGCUGAUCUUCAGAAGGCCAUGCACGAGAAUGAGAAACUACGUGACCAGUUAGCUGCUCUUACCAGGGAAAACAAGAAACUCACCGACGAGUUGAAUGACGCCAAGGCCCACUUGAGCGAUGCAUCCCGCCGCAUCCAUGACAUGGAUAUCGAGAUCAAGAGGUUGGAGAAUGAAAGAGAAGAACUGAGCAUCGCGUACAGAGAAGCUGAGACAUUGAGGAAACAGGAAGAAGCAAAAGCCCAGAGACUGAGUUCCGAGCUGGCAUCGGUUCGUCAUGAGUACGAGAGGAGACUCACUGCCAAAGAAGAAGAGCUCGAAGCCCUUAGGAAACAGAUGGCCAUUGAGAUGGAUCAGCUUAGCCAACGAUUGGCAGAAGCCGAAGCUAAAGUUAAAACUGAAGUUGCCCGCAUCAAGAAGAAGAUGCAAGUCCAGAUCACAGAGCUUGAGAUGUCUUUGGAUGUUGCCAACAAGCAAAACAUUGAUAUGCAGAAGACCAUCAAGAUCCAGUCCACUAAGAUAACGGAACUGCAAUCCCACUACGAUGAAGUCACCCGGCAACUGCAACAGUCUUUGGACCAACUGGGUGUAUCACAACGAAGGUGCCAAGCCCUGACUGCUGAAUUAGAAGAGCUUAGAGUGACCCUUGAACAGACUCAGAGGUCGAAACGUGCUAUUGAGCAGUCUCUGGAUGAAUCUCAGUCCAAGGUAUCUGAACUGAACACCUUAAACGUGAACCUUACAUCUGCUAAAAGCAAAUUGGAGAACGAAUUCUUGUCCUUGCAUAACGAUUAUGAGGAAAUAUCCAAGGAGCUUAGGGUGUCUGAUGAGAGAUACAACCGUGUCGUUGUAGAACUGAAAUCCACUAAAGAUCUUUUGGUAGAGGAACAAGAGAGAAUUGUGAAGAUCGAAUCCAUUAAGAAGUCCCUGGAAGUGGAAGUCAGGAAUCUGCAGAUCCGUAUUGAGGAAGUGGAAACCAAUGCAUUGGCUGGAGGAAGACGAGUCAUUAGCAAGCUUGAAUCUAGGAUCCGUGAUAUCGAACUGGAAUUGGAUGAAGAGAAGAAACGCCAUGCUGAGACACAGAAGAUGAUGCGCAAGAAGGAGCACCGUGUCAAGGAGUUGUUGUUGCAGACCGAAGAGGACCAUAAGACUAUCACUAUGCUUAAUGAUGCUGUCGAGAAACUGACUGAGAAGGUUAAAGUAUACAAGAGGCAAUUAUCUGAACAGGAGGGAAUGACACAGCAGAAUCUUACUCGCGUCCGCCGUUUCCAGAGAGAACUGGAAGCAGCAGAAGAUAGAGCAGAGCAGGCCGAAAGCAACUUAUCUUUCAUCCGAUCUCGUCAUAGGACCAUCGUUACCGGACCCGCAGCAGUCAAGCAAGUAUUUGUAACUACCACCGAAGAAUCAUCCAGCAGUUCCAUGACACAGAACUACUAAGAAGGAGAAAAUGAGCUGAAAAACUCUUCUUGUUGUACUUAUACGUGAUUCCUUGUUUGUUACAUUUACAAUCCCCAAACUUUAGUCUGCUGUCUGACUCAUAUUUCAAGGCAAAUUAGGAUCUAACUGAAAGGGAAAAUGGUUUGGAAACCAUGAUAUUGCCUUAUAUUUAUACAUGAGGUACUAAUGAAUAACAAUCGUAUUUGCACUAGAAUAUUUCAUUGUAAUUAUGAUUAUCAUUCAUUAUAUCUUGCAGUGCCGUAAAUUUACGUGAAGGCCUUGAAGUGUGGGACAGCAACAGUCUGCAGAUUUGACAAGUAAAUUGUAAAAAGAACUGGCUCUUUUCAGUUCUUUCGAUGUUAACUCUUGUUGUUCGUUUUGUGAAUAUUGUUUUGAACAUUACACAAAAAUAAAAGUACGUUUCCUUUUCUUUAGCUGUAAAAGUAUAGUUAACAACUUUGAUAAGUGCAGAACUAUUAACUGAUGUCUGUCUGUAUACAUUUUUUUCGCUUUUUUUUAUAUUAACAUUCGAUAUUUCACGGUUGUAUCUUCGGAGAUUUUUAUGCCUCAGCAAUGUAGACAGAAUUCUUGAUUCUUUUAAGCUUCGGUAGAUCAUGUUCAUUGCUCAGGCACGAAAUAUAUCUUCAGUAAACGUGUAGGAUGUCGUUUAAGAUUGUUCAGUAUAAUAAUGCAUACACACAUGCAAACAAAUUAUAAAGGAAGUUAAUUCCGUCUUUCCCCAUCAGCAUACAGCCUUGGAAACAAGCUGCUCAUUUAACAGAGAAAUUCUGAGCUUGUUGUUUUGUGUAUUUUAAAGCCUUGUGAUUGUUUUCAAGUGUAUCUAAUUAUCAUUUCUGUAAUUAUUUCGGAAUUGAAACAUUAUAUUCUGUUAUGUGUAUCAUUGGAAAUAUAGGUGAGUAGUAACAUUCACUUAGCAUCGCUUUCUUUUCUUGUAUUUUGUGCAAGAAAUACAGCACUUUUCUACUGAGCCUCUAACUUCUUCGAGAGGUUUUCUGCUCAGCACACGAGCUUCGGGAGUCUUUAAUUGCUAUUUAACGCAAGGAUACGCGCUUUAAUAUUCUGAUGCUUUUAAAUGCGGAUUUGUGUCAUCUGCUGUUGCCUGCGAGAAUGAAUUAUUAUGAACUUGACAUAUUUAAUCAACUUUUGCACGAGCUUUAAAAAUUGGCUUUCUGUUGUAGUAUUUUGCAAGAUAAUACUGCAGAAUUAACGCUUAAAACAAAAUUGCACGCCUUCUGGUUGCUAUAAAUGUGUCUUUCAUUGCAGUUAUUAACAGAAUAAAAUAAAAUGUGUAGAAAAAA